AGAAGCCAGCUGCAGGGCUCCUGAAAAUAUCCUGGCCUUUUUCAGCUCCAAAGCACGCCAAGCCAGGAAGGACUGUGGACACCUCAGAGGUUGACUCCUCUUGACCCGGCAGGAGGCACCUGUUCUCCUCUUUUCAUCUUCAGCAUCUUUCAGAGCCGCUGUCCUUUCCUUGAAGAAGUUUGUAAAGAAGCAAGGAGGGGAGGACCUUCUUGCAAGAGACUCGGUCUGGAAGUUAGCAAGGGAUGAAGAGCUUCACAAUCCCGGCUGGUCCUUCUUGAAAAAAGAAAAACACCUUCCUGGAUCUCCAGCAGUCAAGGCGGCUGGCAGCGAUGUUUCCCGGUCAGGAACAAGGCUGGAUACCAGAAAGUAUUUGGGAAUCCUUAAGCGUUUGGGAUUGAAGGCAGAGGGGCUGUGAAAUCAUCUUUUUUUUCCCCCUGAACCUUUGGAAGAGUGGGGAAUAGGGCCCCGGAAUAUAACCCCAUGAUGAAGGGGAUCUGGUAUAUUUUCACCCUGAUCCUGACAGAUGUGGUCAGCUCCGCCCGGGACUGCUUGCAAGCCGGGGAGUCCUGCACCAAUGACCCAAGCUGCAGUUCCAAAUUCCGGACUCUCCGACAAUGCAUUGCCGGCAAUGGGGCCAACAAGCUGGGUCCGGAUGCCAAGAGCCAGUGCCGGAAUACCGUGACGGCCCUUCUGUCUAGUCAACUCUAUGGUUGCAAGUGUAAACGGGGCAUGAAGAAGGAGAAGCACUGCCUCAGCGUCUACUGGAGCAUCCACCAUACCUUGAUGGAAGGCAUGAGCGUCAUGGAGACAUCCCCUUAUGAACCAUUUGUGAGGGGCUUUGAUUACGUCCGGUUAGCCUCCAUCACUGCAGGUUCCGAAAACGAGGUGACUCAGGUGAACCGGUGCCUGGACGCCGCCAAGGCCUGCAACGUGGACGAAAUGUGCCAGCGCCUGCGGACCGAGUACGUCUCCUCCUGCAUCCGGCGGGUGGCCCGAGCGGACACCUGCAACCGCUCCAAAUGCCACAAGGCCGUGCGGAAGUUCUUUGACCGCGUCCCCCCGGAGUACACCCACGAGCUGCUCUUCUGCCCCUGUGAGGACACGGCCUGUGCCGAGCGGCGGAGGCAGACCAUCGUGCCCGCCUGCUCCUACGAAGCCAAGGAGAAACCGAACUGCUUGGCUCCUCUGGAUUCCUGCCGGGGCAACUACGUCUGCAGAUCCCGGUACGCUGAAUUCCAGUUUAACUGCCAGCCCUCCGCCCAGUCCGCCACGGGAUGCCAGAGGGAAAACUAUGCUGCCUGUUUACUGGCCUAUACUGGAAUAAUAGGUAGUCCCAUCACCCCAAACUACAUCGACAACUCGACCUCAAACAUCGCUCCGUGGUGUACGUGCAAUGCCAGUGGCAACAGGCAGGAUGAGUGUGAGAGCUUUCUUCACCUCUUCACGGCCAACCUCUGCCUCCAGAACGCCAUCCAAGCCUUUGGCAACGGGACAUAUCUGAGCGCCGCCCUGGGCCCUUCCACCCCUCCGACGACGCAGAUGCGCAAGCAGGAACGCAACACCCACAAAGCAGCCACCACCUUGAGAGAGAACCUCUUCGAACAGCUACAGCCCACCAAGGCAGCUGCAGAGGAGAAGCUUCUACGAGAUGCCACUCACUUAGCCUCUGAUGCCUCCAGCUGCCCACGGGCACCACCGACCCUCCAUGGCUGGUUGGUCGUGUGGUGUUUGGCAUCCACCAGUACGUUCCUCCCAGUGUCCAUGUGAGUUGGAAGGCGCCCACGCUCAGCAGCCGUGUGAUUGAACUGCUCUUUGUUGUCGUUUUCAAUAUGUGGAACACAGGGGUCAACGGUCGCACCAGCCUCCAUCUCCUUCCUCAUCCCCUUUAUACAGAGAAGAGAAAAGUGGAAGGGAAACUCAUCAUCUUCCCAGUGAGCAACCUUGUGCUCAUCCAUGGGAGGAACUACAGAUCAGCCCCUUCAAGGAACCCUGUGGUCCACUGGGGGCCCACGCUAAGGCCACAGUUGGGACCGACUCAAUUUGCUUCGUUCUUUUUUUCCCUUUUUUUUUAUUGGCAAAUCAACAAAAGUUGCCAGCUUUGGUGUGAUGAAGCCGUCUUACGGGCAGCCCUGCUGGACGAAAUCUGCCCCCCCCCCCGUCUCGAAGAACCUGCCAGCAAUGGUGUGGAAGCGGAUGCCAAGUCAGUAACAGGAAUGCUUCAUCAUGUCAAUACACCCACUUUCUUUACAGGUUGAGCGAUCUGGUCUUGAGAUUGAGCGUUAGGACAGAACCAUCUUCAUGUUCCACAUGGCAAAAAUGACAAGA